AUGGCAAAGAAAAGGCCAGCAACCAGAACAGAGGAGGCCAAUACAAAAGAAGAACAAGAAACAACAGAGGCUUUGAACACUACAGAUGAGGCAGCAGGGAACUUGAACACAGAAGAGAACACAGAAGAAGCCACUGCAGAAACAGAGCCUACAGAGGCAGCACCAAAAUUGAAACCAAAACAGAAGGCAAAGGCCAAAGCCAAAAGCUUGGUCAAGAGCAAAGCAAAGCCUAAAGCUAAACCCAAAACCAAGGCAUUGGCUGGGAAGAAGAAAGCUGGACCAGAAGCAAAGGCAAAGCCAAAAGCAAAGAAGUUAACAGAGAGGACAUCUGCUUGGAAAGCUUUAGAUUUUGAUGCAGAAGAUGAUCAGAAGGAAGGUGAAGGUGAAGAAGAGGAGGAAAAAGAAGUUGAUGAAGAAGUGGAUGCCAAUGACAAGAGGGACUAUGCCAAAGCCAGAAAGUUUGGAAGACUCUUGAAAAAUGGCCAAGUCCCAGAUGACAUUUUGAAAAUGUACAAUGAUGAUGCUAUGCAAUCCAAGCAGCCUCGAAUGUAUAGAACAACUCUCAUCAACAAAUUAUUUCGCAAGGACAGCAAAGGUGAGUACAUCAUGUGCCACAAGGACCCAGAAUUCUUGAGCUGGAAGAAGAACUUGGAUACAUCCUUUGCUACUGAAAAAACUUUGGGUGUGCCCUACAGCAUUAUGCUGUGGCAGGUUUUCCAAGGCAAUGAGUUGGCUAUGCAAACAGCACAUUCAAGAGGAGACAUCUAUGAGGCCAAAGGAUUUUGGCACCAUGCCAAAGUGUCUGCAGGACGAAGCAAGCAAACCACUGAUGAAAUGCAGCUGAAGAGUGGUCCUGCAGCGUUGUCUGUGGAUGAAUAUGCUGGCAUUUCCAAUUUCAUGAGCUCAAGGCUGUGGGCAAAGUUUGGGCAAAGCUGUGGAGAUGAACAUGAGCCAUCUCCAGCCUUGAAAAGGGGCAAAAGUACUUUGGCCUUGGAAAGUGCAACCUUUCAAGGAUCUUCAUCAAGUGGCAUGCACAGCAAGCAAUUAGCUUUGCCAGCUCCAGCUCCAGAGCCCAAGGUUGUCAAGUUAGCUUGGAAGGUGUUGCAAUCACCAAUUGGAGAUGCAAAGGAUGCAAAUGAGAGGUUGCAAAGGGAUUUCAACAGGCUUGCAAUCAAAGUCCGGGGAGCUCAAGAUGAGAAACUUACAGAAAAAAUGAGGACAAUGGUCGCUUUGCUGACAGAAAACAUUGGCCUUUUGAACCAGUGCUUGAUGUGGGAGCAGGUAUUUGAGCAGUUGCUGGUGCAUGGCGAUGAAUCUACUUUGGACACCUUCUUCCAAGUCUUGAGAUGGAGUUUUGAUUGCCUCCUCAAAGGAGAUUUUCCAACAGCAGACUGGACUGGAGUGGAGUACAGCUCUGGCAGUGAAGAUUUCUUGAGGGCUGGAAAGCCCCUGUGUGGUGGCUGGAAAGCUGCAUUGGUGUCAGUGCAAGGAGAUUUGGAUUUCUUUGCAGCAUCAUUGCAGUUGCCCAGGUAUUUCAACCGCUUGACCAUGUUUCAAAGAAAGUCUGGACCACCCAAGCUCAGGGGCAAGGGGGCAGAGAUCCAUCACUUGCACAAAGUGGUUCUCCACCUGUGGUCAAAGCACCACAACCAUCACAUUACUGUGCAUCGCCAGAUUUUGACAGUGCUCAAAUUGAAUUCCAGAAUUGAAGAUCUGCUUGAUGAGCACAAGGAGUCUGUGGCACUGCCAGCUGCAGCUGCCAAAGAACUUUUGGAUGCAUGCUGUAGUAACUGUAGUAUGUGCCAUGUGCAGAGCCUUUUGUUCGAUCACUUUUCUGAUGAGCCUGUCCAGCUUUUCAACACCACUUUGAAGACCCAUGACUUGAUCCAUUUGGCUCUCCACAGCCACCAAAUCAAUCCUAGAGUGGUGUGGAAUUUUUGUGGUGAGUCCUACAUGGGAAUUUUGAAGCUUUUAGGUGCCAACUGUGUGAAGGGGUUGCGCCACAGGAUGCAUGCACAAAGAUGCUGCAUCACUGGUCUUAUGGUAUGCAUUGUGAAAUGCAGAAGAAGUGAAGUGAAAAAAGACCAGCUUGCUGUGGAAACUCUGGUCAUAGGAUUACUGUUGGGAUUAGGAUUACUUGUAGGAAUAGCAAGUGAAGUGAAAAAAGGCCAGCUUGCUGUUUGA